GAUCCGUUGUAUCUUCAUCCUUCAGAUCAUCCAGGUCUUAUCCUAAUUCCUCAAAAAUUUGAUGGUGAUGGCUUCGGCUCCUGGCAAAAAUCGAUGAUGAUUGCUCUUUCCGCCAAGAACAAGCUCGAUUUCGUGAAAGGAAGAAUCGCCAAACCAAAUGAUCCUUUGAAGGCAGGUAUCUGGCAGCGAUGUAAUGAUAUGAUUACAUCUUGGAUUCUCAAUACUCUGAGCAAGGAAAUAGGUGACAGUGUUCUCUACGCCAAUACUGUUGCUGAUCUAUGGAAUGAGCUCAACGACAGGUUUGGUCAGACGAAUGGAGCUCGUUUGUACCAGUUACAGAAGGAGAUAUGCUCGAUCAACCAAGGAAAUUCUGACAUAGCAGGUUAUUACACCAGAAUCAAGAGAGCUUGGGAUGAAUUGGCUAUGGUUUCUCGUCUUCCAAACUGUACAUGUGGCGCUGUGCAGGAACUUCUGAAAUAUGAACAAGAUCAGAGACUUGUUCAGUUUCUAAUGAGAUUAAACUCUGAUUAUAAUGUGACCAGGGGCAAUAUCCUGAUUAUGAGACCUCUACCUUCCAUUCCAGAGGCAUAUGGAAUCCUUAUCCAUGAAGAAAGGCAAAGGCAAAUUCAGUCCCCUACACACAUUUCUCCUGAGCACACUUCUCUAAGUGUUCAAACUCAAGCAUCAUUCAAAGCAACACAUGAAGAUAAGAAGAUUCCUGUGUGUGAAAAUUGUAAGAAGAAAGGUCACAGAAUGAGCAAGUGUUAUAGACUCAUUGGCUUUCCCAAGGAUUUCAGAUUCAAUAAGGGGAAGAAGAUUGCUGCAAAUGCUUAUGGAGGGGAAUGCAGCGAGUCUACUGAAUCAAGGACAGAAAGUCAGAUUUCACCAGAGUUAUGCAGUCACUCAUGAAAUUCCUGAGCUCUAUCCAAGGAGAUAAACUCAACUCUGCUUCAAAUUCCAUGAAUCAAGCCUUUUCUGCUCAUAUGGCUG